GUUGCCUGUGUUCCUGCCUCAUAGCAUUUUGCCCAACCCUUUACAGUAAAACAAGUCAAUAAAGAUCUACAGCUGUCAACCUCUUCUGCUUAAGAAGGAAAGGCACCUGAUGCAGAACCAAGAAUGGGAUUAUAUGAUCCUUAGCGAGCUGCCGACCAGUCCUACCAGUCCUGCAGGGAAACGGGCAACGCUUAGUUUAAUGUGUCAGAGAGGCUGUUGCUGCUUGCAGAAAUGCUUGGAUAGAUCCCUGUGAUUUUUUUUAGAAAAAUCUAAGAAAAUUCAGAUCUGCAGACAAUCAACACAAGAGAGAUGGAUCUCUCCCAUAAAUUAUCUAAGAGACAGCUCACCCUGCUGUACGAAGAGGUCCUUUACACCAUUCUCCAUCGUGUGGGCCAAGUGGAACAGAAUCAUGUUACUGAUUCAGAUGAGCUCUAUGAAUAUGUGCAAAAGGCCUUCAGUAUUGAUCCAGAAGAGCAUCAAAUUAUAUUACAGAGGGUCAAAGAGCUAGAGAGGCCAAUUUUUUGUCUUAAAGCCACGGUGAAGCAAGCCAGAAAUAUUCUGGGUAAAGAUGUCAGUGGAUUAAGUGAUCCAUACUGCCUCCUAGGGAUAGAAAGAAAAAAACAGGGCUCUUCAGCCCACGGUUCUCCUCAUCAGGAGAACAAAAGGCGAUCUAAGGGUGUGGUGAAGAACCUGCUGCCAGAGGACCAGACCCAUCGCACACAAGUCAUCCAUCAGACAUUAAAUCCAGUGUGGGAUGAAACCUUCAUUCUGGAGUUUGAAGAUAUAGAAAACGCUGAAUUCCAGCUAGAUAUAUGGGAUUUUGAUGCUGUUGAACCUGUACGGCAGAAACUGGAAGAACUGACUGACCUCCGUGGACUGAAGAGAAUUAUUAAGGACGCUCGUAAAAAUAAAGGACAAGACGAUUUCCUGGGGAAUGUGGUCAUUCGUCUGCAGGACCUGCAUUGUCGGGAGGAUCGCUGGUACAGGCUGGAACCUCGCACUGAUACUUACCCCAACCGAGGGCAUUGCCACCUGCAGUUUCUUUUGGUACAUAAGAAGAGAGCUACUUCAGCCAGCAAGACACAGACAAAUUACACAGUUCAUCGGCAACUUCUUCAGCAGAUUGUUUCAUAUGAGAUUCUUCAGUACCAGGCUGGCAGCACUUCGUGGGAUGGAGAGUUAAGCAAAUAUGCCGGUACUAUCCUGUAUCUACACGCUACUCAAAAAGACAUUUCGGAUUUCCACCAAGACUUGGUGCACUGGUUGGCUUACAGCAAGCUCUAUCAGUUCUUGGAGUUCAACAGCAGCUGCCUGCUCCAUCAGAUUACCAGCAUAGAAUAUCAAUGGAUUCAAGGCCGAUUACGAUCUGAGCAGACAGCUGAAUUGGAAGACUCUUUCCAGUCCUUACUGAACUAUGGGAUUUCUCUUCUUCAAAGGUUCCGGAUCGUCUUCCCACUCUCCUCACCCAAAUCUACACAGAGACUGCAGUCACUGCUUAGGGUUUUGGUUCAAAUGUGUAAAAUGAAAGCCUUCAAAGAACUUUGUACUCCGACUCCUGAUCUUGAAGAAAUGAUAAUAGAGGCACUUAAGGCUGGAACAGCAGAGUGGUUUUACAUGAAGAAGCAACACUUGAAGCCAAUGGUAAAGAAUAUGGAGGAAUGUGGCAAAGCUCUGGUCUGUCUUCUUCUGGAGGUGAAUGCAGAUCUCCAAGAGUGCCACAAAACCUGGAACAAAUAUUUCAUCAGCACCAUGAGACUAGAUCUCUUCUCAAUUGCAUAUCUUAAAAUGCAGGAACUGGUUUCUCGUUAUGUCAAAGAGCAGCUGAGCAAGAUUGACAGCGGCAUGUCCCAAUUAACAGCAGAGAGCCUUUUCCAACUUUAUCUCAGCAUGAAGGAGCUCUAUCGCAUGAAGGAUUUUGUGUGCAGCAGGGAUACCCCUCUUGCAUUGACUGGUUUCCACUUAUGGUUUAAAGAAGCCAUUCCCUUGUGGCUACAGAAGACCUACACAAUAGCUCUAGAAAGGACCCAAAGAGCCAUCCAAGUAGACCAGUUGACACCACUGGGAGACCUGAAUAAACACAGUACAUCCAUUGUUGACCUAUCCACUUGUUAUGCUCAGAUGGUGAAGACCUGGCAACAGCUGGAUUGGCCUGAUCCUGAGGAGGCCUUUAUGAUCAUGGUGAAAUUUGUCGAGGAUACGUGUAAACUUGCUCUGAUGUACUGUCAGAUGAUCAAAGGAAGGGCAGAGGCACUGUCUUCCAAUCAAAAUGACGCAGGACAAGCAGCAAACAGGCUCUGUGUUGUGGUGAACAACAUUGAGCAGCUUCGGAUGAUGAUCCUGAAGUUGCCCAAUCAGCUGAACUGGGCAAGCUUGGAACAGAACGCCGGACCUGUCAUUACCCCCGAGCAGAUCCAGCACACGCUGCACCAUCAGCUUCAGGCUUCUAUUUCCUGCCUCAACAAUGAGAUCCGAAGAGUGGUGCAGACUCUGGGAAUCAAAAUGGAUGCUAGAAUUGCCCAACACAUCCAGGAACUGUCUGUUUGCAGUGACACCGAUAACCCAGAGGAUUGCAUCACACCUUUAAUGAGAUUCUUGAUGUAUGAGCUUCAGUAUCUAAACAUGAACCUUGUCCAGGAAAAUUUUAACAGUCUUCUGGAGCUUCUGUGGAAUCACACCUUGGACUUGCUAAAAGACGCUACAAAACACCAAGUUGGAAAAUUGGACUACUUUAGGAAAUUCCAAUUUGCCCUCCAGAGCUUGGAACUUUGCUUUUACGGAGAAGGCUGUGGACUAUCCAAAGAGGCCCUUCACACACCAGCUUUUAUAGCUCUGGAGAAAGAGUUGGAUCUUUGCUCCUCCACCAGCAGAAAACUUAUUGAAAAGUAUUUCAGUGCUCGAAUCCAGCAGCAGGAAGAGGCCACUCCUGAAAAAUAUGGUGCUGUGACUAUCAAAGCUUUUUACCGUCACUCAGAACAAAAACUGUAUGUUGAAGUACUCAAUGCGGUUAAUCUUCUUCCCAUGGACUCGAAUGGCUUAAGUGACCCCUUCAUCCAACUCACUCUGGAGCCACAUCAUGAGUUCCCUGAGAUUGCAACACGGACAACUGAGUGCAUAAAGAACAAUCUCCACCCUCUGUUUGAUGAAGACUUUGAGUUUUUGGUUCCUCCAGAAAAAUGUCAGCAAGAGGGAGCAUGUCUGCUGCUUACAGUGUUUGACUAUGACACCUUGGGAAAAAAUGACCUGGAAGGAGAAGCUUUCCUCCCACUCUGCAGGGUCUUGGGACUGAAUGAGCCCGAAGAGUCAAUCAACCCAUCCAGAGUACCACAGAUCCGUUUAUCUUUAACUCAUCCGGGAACUGCUGGCAAUGACAUCCUGAAGCUCCUGGGGACCCGGAAAGGAGACAAGGAAGCACAAGCCUUUGUGAAGCUACGCAGACAAAGAGCAAAGUAUUCCAAGGAGCUGGCAUGAUGCAGUCAAGCAAAAUGGGUUAAAGCACAGGUUGAACCAAGGAGUUUGAAAAGUACGAAAAGAAGGGGAACGUCGAAACCUGCUGCAGGCUGUCGUAAGCUGAUCUAUGCCCGUCAUUAUGUGUGCAAUGCAGCUCUGCUGGGAAGAACCAGACUGCUUGAGUAGUGAAGCUUGUGAUGAGCCUCUUGUGGACCUUCUGCAGGAAAUUUUUACUCUGUGCUCCAGAUGGCACAGGAAAGGGGCUCCGGAGGGAAAGAAAAUAAACAUUUUGGAAGAGGAAAAAAAUGGGUGUGUUAUCUAUCCUGUUACAGAGUCUGGGACUGCCUUCUGCUUAAGCAGCUUGAUUAAAAAAAAAAAAACCCUGAAAAACUGCUGGUAACAGUUCCCAGGUCUCUUUAUAUCCAGGGUACCGUUUUCAUAAUUGCAAAGGCAGCUCAGCAAAGUCUGAAAACCCCAUGUGGUUGAAAGCAAUGGAUGAAUGAAUAAUUAUUGUACAAUCCUCACCUCUACCAACAGUGCUGUUCUUGCUAUAGCUGUAAGCUACUUUUCUCUUAGGGGAUCACUGGGGCUGGAGAUGACAUGUGUUACAAAAGCAGAAUUUCAGAGGACGAGGGCAACAAAAUGUCUCGGCUUCCACAGCAUGAAGGAAAAGUCAUGCUGCUGUGAAUUAGUCUCAGGUAAAUAAAUUCAGGGGCAGGAAAGAAGACAAGUAACAAUGUUUCAGAAAUACAUUUCAGUUUUUUCAAAGUUUAUAAUUUUUCUGUGCCAGGACCCGUGUUCCCAUGACGAUAUUACAGCUUCGUGUGCUCUUCCUUCUGAGAGGUCCCAUUUUCAUGUCCCCGGGUCCAAAGUUAAACAAGGUUUCCAUAAAAAAAGAAAAUUACUUAAUAGACUAAGGUUCUCAGCUAUUUUUUUUUCCCCUCUCCCAUCAGAAACAGCAAGACUACAAAAUGAUUAAAUAAAACUAGGGCACACUGUUUCACCGUGUGAGAAAGGAAUCAAGGCCUCAGGAGUAGGGAAGAAGCGGGGGAAGGGGAAGUUCAAAGCCUCAUGAUGGCUGCUUCAAGUAUGUUAAAGCCGUCAUACUUCAAAGAUUUUUCACAGGACUAGAAAACAGCAUUGCAUAUUUGUAGCCUUAGAUCAGUGUUUCUCAACCUUGACAAUGUUAAGGCAUGUGGACUUCAACUCCCAGAAUUCCACAGCCAGCAUUGCUGGCUGUGGAAUUCUGGGAGUUGAAGUCCACAUGCCUUAACAUUGUCAAGGUUGAGAAACACUGCCUUAGAUCCACUUCUCUUUAUCCUCUCCACAAGAGUGUAGAUGUGGCUACUCAGGCCUGGAAUGCAUUUAAGGGUAUUUAAACAUUCCUACCUAUAAUUAGAGCACAUUUUUCACUAAUAAGAUUCAGGCAGGCUAAAAUGUAUUGCUCUAAACCACUUAUCUAGGAAGUCACAGAAAGGCACUGGAGGCAGAUUUGCUUCCAGAAAGACUUGCUGCCUAAAUCGCUACAGAUGCAACCAGAGCAGAUGUUACUAUUUUUCUGGGAAUUGGCAUAGCCUCACAGGCCUCUUCUGAUUCGCAGGCAAGCAGAAGUGUGGAGAGCACAGCUGGGCCUCAGGGUUAGGAGUCAACCCCUUCACUUGCUAAAUCUGCUCCUCAUAAAUAAAUCUGCUUUCACGCUAAAGUCACAGCUGUGUAUUGCAGAUGUGCCUUCCAUAACUCAUAUGCUGUGUGAAAUGCUUAUCUUUAGCUAGUUACCAUCCCGAGUUUACUUGUAAAUAUAACGUGUUCCUGCUACUUAGUAUUUUUCUGCCCUCAGUAAGACAGUAUUUUUGCAUCUUUGCCAACUGGGACAUCCUUACUUAAAAGUUCAAUCAGCGUCAAUAGCUCUAAAACAAAAGUGUUAUACUAGGGGUUUUAUUUUCCAUUUCCUUUUAAAAUACAAGAUAUGUACCCCAUGGGAUCAUUGUUUCAGAGAGAUUUUCUUAUCCAAACGAGAAACAGAUGACCAAGGGUGGGAAAAAAAGCAGUGGGAGCAGCAGCAGCUUCUGAUUUCUGCCAGCUUCCUCACUGAGUCUCUUGAGGAAAUCUGGCAGAGAGCAGAGAGCACCAGAAAUCUUUAAUCCCUUCCCUACCUAGCAGGCAGAUAAUGGCUGUUGCUGGGUGGAGGAGGGACUGAGGGACUGUGAGAUUGGCUGGGAAACUGUCACAGAAUGUUGGAAAUGAACAUCAUAUGACCACAGUAGCAACCAGUACCACUGGAACAGCCAAAACAUCCCCAAAUUUCAUUCCCUUAGAAGUCAUGUGUCCCAGAUUUUGGAUGCAUUCUGUAAGUAAGCCCAUUUGGGGUAUCUUGGUUCAAGAAUUGCCCAAAAUGCACCAUUUUGCCCAGUUAAACAUAUAAUGAAUUUUAGUGGGAUAUAGAUGGAUUCACUGUAUUGCAACCCAUUGCAUUAUCAUCUUUGGUCUGCCUUUCACUGCCGCAGACCUAUUUCCAGGAGACUUCCCAUUACUUACGAUAUGUGUAUAUGAAAAGUUAGGAAUCUCCCUAGCGUCAAUGUGAUUCAACUUAUGCUUAAUAUGAUUUUAUUUCAAUUCAGCUGUCUGUUUACCUUGCAUAGAGAAAUCAAUUUCAGGCUGCUUUGAUUUAAACCACCAUUCUGAAUAAUUUGGUGUCCUCCAAAACAAUGGUGCAUUCCAGAUAAUUUAAGAAUAAAUUAAAUCAUCUGUCCAAUAUAGUACUGUACCUCUUACUGACUGAAAAUGUUAUCAAUAUGUGUAACUGCUAUGUCAUCUUUAAUCAAUUACUGAUUCCUAAGAAGACAGCUUUCUAAUUCAUGAAUGCUUCGUUUAUGCAGGAGUCUUUACAGGAAAAAACUGUCAAAAAUAUUUUGAAAAGCCAAUUGUUUGAUGUCUAAAUGGGGAGAAAAAUUCUAAUGAACAGAAAUUUUCCUCAGUCAAAGAAAUGAUGCUAAUAAUACAGUUCCAUCUAUAGAUUGACCUGCCAUGGAUUUAAUCCUAACUAUCAAGCCGAUCAUUUGUUCUCUCUGCAGCAAUUCCUUUAAAAAAUUAAUGCAACAUUCAGUGCAGGUGAUUUUAGGAAUAAACUAUUUUUGCCAAAACAUCAGCAUUUUCAGCUAAUUUUUGGAAGGGGAAACCAUGGAAGAGAUGGAAAAUUCCCUUCUCCUCUGCUCCCCCCCCCCCCCUCCAAGAAUUUCCCAGAGUUUUGAGAAGACUUGCAAUAAGAACUUUGCUCCUCUAAGAGCUUGGCUAUCUCAUUUUCACAACCACCUUGAACCAAUAAUUUUCCCUUUUUUUUAAAAGGUCAGUUGAAUUUCUUUUCCUCAGCCAUAUAACCUCCAGAUACGUUAGGAUUACAAGUUCCAGAAACACCAGGAAAUGCAAUCAUGCCAGAUUGGUGUAGUGGUUAAGGCAGUAGGCUAAAAACCUGGAGACUAUGAGUUCUAAACCCGCCUUAGGCAUUAAAGUCAACUGGCUGACUUUGGGACAGUACUUGCUGUCAGCCAAACCCGCUUCACCAGAUUGUUGUUGUGGGGAAAAGGAGGAAGGAAUAUUAGGUAUGUUUGCCACCUCAAGUUACUUAUAAAGUAAUAAAGGCAGAAUAAAUAAAAAUUUAAUAAAUGAAUGAAUGUUCCCUAUCAUUUGCAAUAGCACUAAGAAAAGGUUAGGGACCAAAAUGACUGAUAUCCAGCUACUUAAGAAAUGGAGUCAAUACAGUCCUGCUUCUUUCACCUUGAGAAUUUACUUUAAGAAUUGCAAUUGCUCAGUAGAAAAUAAGCAAAGCCAUGGUACUCCGACCUGCUAUAGUCCUAGCUUUGAGAAUGUGAAACUAUUAUAGAAACAACUCAAUAAUUUCAUACUAAUUUUAUAGUGUCUUGUGGUAUUUUUGAUUGGCCCUCUCCUGAGCUAUCCAUCUUACAAACCCUAUUCCAUGAGCUAUAUUUACUAAUGCAGAGUGAAUGUCCCACAGUCCAAUUAGCCACCAGCUAUUCUUAGCCUUGUAUGAAAUGGGACCAUAUUCAUCCAAAGAUAAGCACCUCAAAUUAUAUCAUCACACCAAGGAAGACAAACCGGAGUCACUAUAGACAGAAAUAAAAGACAAUCUGGACAAGUGCAAGUACAAAUAUCAUUAGGGAGUGUAGCUCAAUCCAGAGAAAAUGACUGUACUGCACCUAAUUUUACUGACUCUCAAGUUAUUUAUGACUGAUUUAUUCUGCUAUCAAUAAAUCUCAGUAUGAUUAAAUUUAUGAUUGCUAAAUUUCCGUGAUGGUGCCUUCAGUUUUAAAUCCCCGAUCUUAAAAUUAGCAGCAAUUAUUUAAGUAAGAAUUGUCCAGCUCCUAUGAAGAGACAGAUAUUACAGUGCAGUAAUCUGUUUAUUAAACAGGCCUGCCUUUUGUUUUCUUUUUUUCAAAAGUGAUGGGCAGAUAGAUGGGAUACCAGUUUGGAAUGAAGAAAUGUGAAAAAUUCCUAGCUAAUAUUGUUAGCAGACUUCUCCACUAUUUACAAUUGGAUGUUGGAAAAACUGCUUGAGUAAACUUCCGGAAAGCCAGCAUCUCCACUUACCAUUCUAAGUCCUUCAAGCUAAGUCUUCAACAGCCUGCAAUUGUCUCAUCUUCAGCCAUUACAAAGAUUCACUAGAGUCCACUAGUGAAGGGGAGUGCCAAAAUUGCUGUCCCUGUCCAUAUCUCAUUUUUAUGGCAGGGGAAAAAAGGGGAAAAAAGCCAAAGCCAUUGCUAUUGGACCAACUUCAACCAAAGACCUGACUGAAGGCACAAAGCUGCUACAAUGAAGCCCAAAACCAGCCCACUCCCAAACCUAAAGAACUUCUAAUGUCUCAAAUAGCAAAAUUAAAAUGUGUGAUUUGAGAUUUUAGGCAGUUGGAUGAAAGAAAAUCAGCUUGCCUACAGAAUCAGCUAGUACAGAAUCUGCUGCACUCCGGGAGCAGUACCAAAGUUAUUACUGUGUGAAGAAAAAAAAAGAGGUACUCACUACAAAGCACCAAGAAGGAAGACUUUCUUAGAUCUAGAAUUGUUUUCCCUGUGGACUCUUAGGAAUGGGAAUACUGGCAGUAACGACCUUUUUUUUAGAAUGAGAAUUUAGGAUUUGAGAAAAAGCUCAAGUCUCUUUUAAUUUUGUCUUUAUACCAUAAACAUAUUUUUUUUAGAAAACUUCCUAAAAUCCUAUCAUCUGUAUUAUACAGAAUGGGGAAUGAAUUAUAGAAUACAAUAUUAACUCAUUUUAGUAUACGAAUACAAUAUUAACUCAUUUUACUGUACACUGUCUUCAGAAGUCUCCAAAACUGUAUUAUGGUUUCCAUAGUAUCAAAAACUAAAAAGGCGAUAGGUAGGUUUCUUGGCAUACAACCCACAAAAUACUCUUCAGCCACAAGCUCUGUCAAGCUUUGCCAUCGCUUACUAUCUUUUUACUUCUAUGAAGUUUGAAUAGAAAAAACCGUUCUAGUGAGAUACUUUAUCAGUGAUGUGCAGGGAAUAGUUCCUUACUUCCCUACCUUCUAAACGUGAAGUAAAUAUUCUCUUAAAAUCCAAGGGACAUUACAUGUACAUUCUAAUACAGACAAACAUGUGCACAAACAAAAUGGCUACCUUUUUUUUUCUUAGCAAAAAAAUAAAAAAAUUUAUUGUCUUCUAAAAAAAAUCCAUCCUGCCUUUGGAAAUUGUGACAUAAGAUUGCAGCAUUUUGUUUCAGCUCCACAUGCAAAUUCACUUUGCCAAGAAAGUGUGUCUAAAAUUAGGUUUCUGGACAGCCAAACACACAUAUAUACAGAGUACGAGAAAGAACAAUAGCUGAAAUCACAGUUCCGCAUUACAGUCUAUAAUAAUGUAAUCAAACACCACAUUGUACACACCAUCUAUUAUUAUUAUCUUUUGGCUGAUUUCUACACAGAUAGGAAUGGCUCUCCCUCCACCAGCCACCCUCCCAGCCAUGGAAAAUCCAAGGAAAGAGACUGGUCAAGAAGCACCACCAAAAAUACUGCAGUGUGUAGUUUUUAAGAAUUUAUAUUGUAUUAUUUACAUUCUGUUUAAAACACUGGAAGCUACAAAGUGGGGAAGCCCCAUAGAGAUUUUUGAUCCAUAGUUACCAGAUUUGAGGGAACACUUCACUUAUAAUACUUUUCACUAGAAACAUCUAUGUUCUCAUUGCAUUACUCCAAAGGUUGAUAUAUUGGGGGGGGGGGAAUUAAAAAUUAUGAUGAAGAAACUCCCUCACACACACUGGUCAUAAAAAGAAGAAAUGUAUUGCCUAUAUUUAGAAAAUAGUUGCAAGGCUUCUAUGUGGAGUCUCUGUUCUGCUCUGUCUUUAUGACUGAACUGUGAUUUAAUAAAACAAGGUGACCCACAUUAGCUUUGAGCUUGUGUAUUUCUCUUCAAAGGUUCUACUUUGAGUUUUGAUUAAUUACAUUUUUGUAUUAUGUCUAAAUACGAAUCUGCAAUUAACCUUAGUGAAAAAAAUGAAUUAGUUUCUCAAGCUAUGUUUGAGUGAUGGUUUGUUUCCAUUAACCACAAUUAACACUAAAGGCAGUUGUAGAAGUUCAAACAGCACAGCAAGCUGUGAGUGUUUCAAAUGGAUGUAGAUGAGGUCAACUUCCUUUUCAUAGUUGCACUGGAGAAGAGGAAGAGGAAAGGGUAUGCACCUCUUGGAUUUAUUAAACCAUGGAUGAAUUGCAGCAUUGAACAUAGGCAAGGGAGCCACUAUUUCUUCUUUUGGAACCCUGCAGAUAGGGAGCAAUGCUUGACUGAAAGGUGCAAUCCCUCAUCUUCACGAAACCAUUCAUCUUAAAAGGAAGGAACACAUGUGGGCACUUAGAGGCUUCCCUAUUAAUUCUUCAAUUAAUCAAUUAUCCUAUACCUCCUAUAGUAGGUUUACUGACCUACAGUAUUCAUUUUUCUCAUAUUCAGAGCAAGACGAAAAUGUCUAGUUUGGAUUGGUGAAUAGUAUUAAUAGCUGGACCUCCAACUCCAUAAGACCUUUGGAGAGUGGAAAUGCAUUACAUUUUUCUAGUAAAGACUUUGCUCAAAAACCAGAGUUGGGAGAUGAGAGGCUUUAUACUCAACUGUGUGGGGAAUUCCAUAAUCCAAACACAAUUCCUUCGGCAUUUUAUUAGGGUUGAUUUACUCACAAACCCAAUUUUUGACAGGCAGAAACUAUAGAAUCUGUUGGUUUAAAAUAGAGGAACUGCGCAGAUCCUCUAAUGGACAAUUGCUGGCAGGAUACAGCAGACUUGCUCUCAAGCACCCCAGUAAACAAAACUGCCUAUACAGAAAUUUAAUACAGAAUUAAAUCUUUAAAAAACAGAGAAGCCAUUUUUGCUUUUCCACUUGAUAACUAAUAAAACAUUCACAUUUCAGGUAUUUCAUUUUCAAUAUUAAAAUUCAUAGAAAUCUAGCAUUUUUUUAAAAAAGUGCUUUUUAAAAGAGUGGGAUAGAGAUAUAUUUGUCCUUCUGAUUAUUAGAUAAAACCAAUCUACUGUUAUAUUCUCUUGCCCAAGUAUAAUACUGAUAUCUAUGAGGCAGGUGAAGGGGACAUAAUUGGAUAAGAAUCUGUUAAGCUAUUUAUAAGAAUGGGGAAAUUUUCAAAUUUUCUGGUAUUCUUUGGUCCUUCAAAAUAAGACAGACAGAGUAAGUUGUGGCAUGGAUGUAAAUAGCCGGCUUCACACACAAUUUCUUUUUCAUAUUCCACCAGCAACUUGCUAAUGGAGUUGGGGAUAGGAAUAGGGUAAUCAACAAUAUUGUAUAGAGUUGUCAGUUCUUGGGAAAAAAAUUUUUUUUAAAAAAAAUCUAAAUUUAAGUGACACCAAGUGUAUUGGUGAUACAUUUUUCCCAAAGAAUUCUGCUGAAUUUAAUAAAAUUAUGGCAGUUCAGGGUAAAUCAGAUCAUCCCACAAAGUCAACAAUUCACUAUGGACAAUCACAUAGAAAGGCAGAGGAAGCAAUAAAACACAAUGUUUACAAAAGUAAGUGUUACAAAUCAGUCACCACCAGAGCAUCUGCAAAUGGCUGCAAUUCUGUAUAAACACUAUAGACCCGAUUCAAAGAUUUUAUUUCCUAUUAUUUUUAAAUUAGUUACCAAAAUAGUUUAGUACAUUUCCAGCAGAGUAUUAUUCCCCAUAAUUUAAAUGUAUGUGUAUCUGUAUGUAUUUUUUUUAAAAAAAUGUUCACAUAUUUUAAACAAACAAGCUUUCUUUAAGACUGAAGCAUGUGUCCUGACCACAGAGACCAGGGAUGCCUCAUGGCACAGACAUUCAAAGGCUAUAACCAAAAACAACACAGCUACAAGAGUCAGCCAGCAGUGUCUCUCCAUACAUAAAAAAGCCAAUUAAGUGUUUUUUUUUAAAAAAUGAAGAAAACAACAGAUACUAGUACAACAUACACAUUGAAAAAAGCAGUUUUAUCAAACAUAAAAGUUAA